AUGCUGACGGAACAAUUUGUGGCCGCCAUUUCUGGCUCGACAAAGCCCAAUACUGGCGUUACCAAGGAUCAAGGUAUCUUUAUCCACGAGUUCCAACCUCUAGCGGCGCAACGAAAUGUCUUCAAGAAGAGCGCGACCGCUCAGAACGGCAUUGCAAUGAGCAGCACGCAUAUCUUCGCCGCACAGACCGAGAAAGCGAUUGUACACGUAUAUAGCCGAGAGAAGGGCAAUCAGGAGGCUAUCGUGCCGUUUCCUGAGAGGAUUCACAGCAUUGCGCUCACGGCGCAAGACACAGUUCUGUUGCUGGGAGGAGAAAGCGGAAGAGUGCUAGCUUGGGAGAUCUGCUCAGGUCGCCUGGUCUCCACAUCAACUUCUCACCUUCAGCCUGUGACAUCUCUUGUCGUCGAUCCUUCCUCAAACUUCUUCCUCUCCGGCUCUGCAGAUGCCAUGAUCCACGUUUGGGCACUGCCUUCGAUCCUGUCGUUUUCGCCCGACAAAUCUCGCUCGCCGGUCCACACCUUGUCCACGCAUCGUGGACCUAUCUCAUCGAUCGCGUGCGGACACAGCUCCAGCACUGUCAACAUUGCGGUAUCGACGUCAGGAGAUAAGACGGCAAUUGUAUGGGACUACCACAAUGGCCAGGCACUGCGCACAUACCUUCUCCCAGACACCCCCACAUCAGUGACACUAGAUCCAGUCGACCGAGCCUGCUUCAUUGGCUACGCCGACGGUAGCCUGCAGACAAUCGACUUUUACGAUGACAUCCAGAAGGCGACUUCAACCGACGUCCUACGAGAUACCUCAUCAUCGCACCGACCUAUGCAGCCUUCACCAAAGACCAGGUUUGGCGCUGACUCGCAGAAGCUCGGAGGAAUCCUCAGUCUGAGCCUUAGUUGGGAUGGCACAACUCUUGUUUCUGGGCACAGCAGCGGGAAGAUUGCUUCCUGGGACAUCGCGAAGAGCAACUACCUCUCCACGUUGGCCAACCUGUCAGGACCCGUUUCUAACUUGCAGUUCCUGCGUCCUACAGGCUUCUCGAACACUAAGCAACCCACCUUCAAAGUUCAAACGAUCGUAAAACCGAAACAAGACGCAGGACUGACCGGGAGCAGCAGUGGUCUGGUCCCAUCAAACUACAACCUAAGCAUGCAUUUCACUGGCAGGGUGGAUAUACCAUCGGUAUCAGCCACUGAGCAGCGAUCUGUCAAGAUGAGCUCAUUCUCAGAGGCACUCACUCAUCCCAGUUUUCCUGCAAGUAUGCUUGAGGAAGGUCUCGCAGAGUUGGAUUCUUGGAUCGCUCCGUCCAAGGGCAGCAGUCCUGCAGCAGCCACUGUCACGGCGCCUGUUCAAAGUGAAUAUGUCAAACCAUCAGACGCAUCCAACGAUGUCUCCUCAGACGAAGUGAAGGAGCUGAAGAAGCAGGUUGCUAGCUUGCAGCGUAUCCAGAAGGUGACAUUUGCUCAAUUGUCGGAACUGCGCGAGGAGAAGGAGUAUUUUAUGGAAAAGGAGAGGAAACGGACUGAACGCGGUCAAGCGAAAAAGAAAGGCAGUGAAUCCAACGACGAUAACGACGUGGAGAUGAGUGACGGCGACGAGAACGAGUCGUAA